CACUGGAAUCAAACGGAUGAACCAGAUCUUAGAUACAAAUCCACAAACAAACAAAUUAUCAUCAGCCUGUCACAUGGCUGCUGAUUCUUUCUGUCAAAGCACAUGUAAAGGUGGACAGGGGAAUAAGGAGCUGAGGAAUCAGCCAGUUUAUGCUGAACAGCGUUCAGAGCGGAUGCAGCACAGAGAAGAGGCAAAGCCAGGAGCAACGUCUGCAUGGAUGAGUGUCUAUCAUGAAUGUCUGGAUGGCUGUUUUCACCAUCAUGCUGCAGAAAGAGGGCUGUGCUCUAAUGGGGACUGGGGCUCAAACCAAAGUGGAUCAGCUCAGUCCUUAACCAGAGACACAUCUAGGGAGGAUGAUGAGUACAGUUUUCAUCCUGACACUUAUGAAGAGGAACUUGAGCCUCCACUGCCGUUGAGAUCAGAUGAUGAAUGGCAACAUUACAGCCCCUUUGUUCCUCCACAGCACUACCUGCACCAGUACGAUGUCGAUCGUGCCGCAGAUGUCAGGUGUUUUUAUUCUCCAGGAGAAGGACAGUACAACCUGAACCCAGUCAACACAUGUCCACCUCAUCCAUAUCCCCACACUGGGCCCUGUCAGCACAGAAGUACCUGGCCUCAUCCUCAAAACUGGCUCCCACCUCAUGACCACAUAAUGAAGAGCAGCAUUCCUCCGAGCAGCGUCUCGGUCAACGUACCGCAGUUCUCCGUCCCUCAUGUGGAGGGUGUGUCAAAGGUCAACGUGAUGAACCUAAACUCAGCCAGUGCAGCGGCAUCUGUUUCACAUCCACACGAGAAAAGGAGAACCAUCAGUCUGCCCGAUGAGUGCAGAAAUGUUUUUAUCACCUAUUCUUCAGACACAUCCUCAGAGAUGAUCCCCUUUGUAGAGUUCCUCAGGAAACAAGGAUUUCGACCAGCUAUUGACAUAUUUGACAGCCCAAUCAGAUCCAUGGACAUCAACAAAUGGAAGGAUAGUUACCUUAAAGAUCAGUCUACUCUGAUCAUCAUUGCCAUCAGUCCUAAAUAUAAAGCAGACAUUGAGGGAUCUGUAGUUGACAGCCACGGUCUUCACACCAAAUAUAUUCACUCUAUGAUGCAAACUGAGUUCAUCCAGCAAGGCAGCUUGAAUUUCAGAUUCAUCCCCGUUCUCUUCCCUAAUGCAUCCCAGAUCCAUGUGCCCACGUGGCUUCAGAAUACGCGUGUUUACCGCUGGCCUCAGAACACGGAGGACCUGUUACUGCGACUGCUGAGGGAGGAGAGGUAUGUCGCCCCCCCUGUCCCCAUGGAGCUCACCCUCAUCAUCAAACCAGUGGCCCUCUGCACUUCCACCACCAUGUAGAAAACAACCUGAUGUUUCUAUGUGGUCAGUGUUUAGUUAAAUAUAUGGAGUUUUACAGGCUGUUGAAAAGGAAAAAAGAGCGUAAUGAAAAAAUAAAAAUGAUUAAAGUUGUAAAUUUGAAGCAAAAAAACUUGCAGGUGUGACAAUAAACACAACAACAAGUACAUAUUGAAAUAAAAAUCUGCUUUUUUAAACUUUAACUUUAAUUGUGUUUACUUUUCAUUUAUUAUUUUCAGUCACAGCUUGGUUCUAAUUUGCAGUUUUUUUUUCUCAUAAAUGUACAACUUUAAUCAGAGUUUUUUCUCACACA